AUGCCAUCGACAGAAAUCGAACCUUUUGAAACCGUUUAUAACGUUCCUCUAAGCUGCGACUCAUGCGUAGAGUCCGUCACUAAGGCUGUGGAAGGUCUUGGAAAUAUUCGGAGCGUUAAGUGUGAUAUCCCAAACAAACGGGUUACUGUAAUUGGAUCAUCCGCACCCUCGCAGAUUGUGGAGGCUAUUCAAUCAACGGGAAGAGAUGCCAUUAUUCGUGGAACCGGUAAACCCAACUCAGCAGCAGUGUCUAUCUUAGAGAGUUUCGAUCCUCAUGAUAAACCAGCUCCCGUUAAAGGACUUGCCAGAUUUGUUUCGAUAAAUCCUACUGAUGUUCUUAUUGACCUGACAAUGUCUGGUGUUGAGAAGGGAACUUACUAUCCUAGUAUCAGGUCCUCGGGUAAUUUGAGUGAAGGUGCUCUAAGUUGCGGUGAAUUGAUCAAACAGUUGCCUUCGAUUACUGCAGAUGAAGCCGAGAAAACUGACUGCGGAUCAUGCUCUUGUAAAGAGGGAACAUGCGAGAAGAACAGCAUCACCUAUAAGUCGCAUGAGUUUGUCAAAGUUCCUCUCAAUAUCUCAGAUCUUAUUGGACGAUCUCUUGUUAUUUCUAAAGAGCCUAAAAAAGUGUUCAUCGAUUCUCUAUGCGGUGUUAUUGCAAGAAGUGCCGGUGCCUGGGAAAAUGACAAAUACGUCUGUUCCUGUACCGGCAAGACCGUAUGGCAGGAGAGAGUGGAUGCCACCAAGAGAGGAAUUAACUAG